UCUUAAAUUCUCUUCACACUUUCUAUUGAUAAGUGAUCUUCUGCUAUUAUUACCCAAUGAAACAGACACAAUUUAAGCAUUUUGUUUCUGCACCUUAACUUGAACACAAUAGUGCACCACUUUUCUCUCAAGAGUUCCAACUUGUUUAAAGCAGCGAAGAGAGUUACUAUUCGCUACUAAUAGUUACUAUUCAAAGGAGCAAGAUGACUGAAUCAUGGGAAUCAGAUCUAGCAGCAACCGAGAAAGAAGCUCUUGAUCAACUGAAAGAGAGACUAUCUGCUGACAUGAUCAAACAACUGCACGAUGAUACGUAUCAUAUAUAUAUGUUUCUGAAAGAUAGUAAUUUUGACGUCGACCAAGCUGAAAAUGUGCUAAUUGAGGCACUGAAAUGGAGAAAAAAAUUAAAUGUUGAUGCUAUUGGAAGUUUUGACCCACCAGAGAUCGUGAAGAUUUACACAAGGAAUCAUAGAAUGGGAUGUGAUAAGAACGGUUCAAUAAUUCAUUACGUUCCGUUGGGGAAACUUGACGUCAAAGGCAUUCAUAUGUCAAUAAAGUAUUCCGAUUUGGAAAAAACACUUAUCAAGGAACUGGAAAAAGACAUGAGAUUAUUAAAAGAAAAAAGAACAUCGCCUAAUGGACCUUUUCCGAAUGUAAGUUUGAUACUUGAUAUGGAAGGACUUUCAUUCGCAAAUGCAACUGAUAAAAAAGGACUUGAAUAUCUUAUACGAUCUUUAAGAAUAACUCAAAACUAUUACCCAGGCCUCAUUAAAGGUGCUUAUAUCAUCAAUAUUUCUGGCUAUUUUAUGAUACCCUGUAAUAUUGUGAAAAGUUGUUUAUCUGCUGCUUAUGUAGAGCGAGCUAAAUUUUUCGGCAGUGAUGGCUGGAAAGAGGAACUGCUGAAAGUAAUUGAUGCUGAUCAGUUGCCAGCAUUUCUAGGAGGAAACAAAACUGAUCCAGAUGGAAAUCCUUUAUGCAUAAAUUCUGUUAUGCAAGGUGGGAAAAUUAACGAAAAAUAUUACAUUCACAAAUCCAAGAAUCCAUUAUCAAGUGCAUCGGAUGUCAAGAAAAUCGUUCUCGCACGAGCAUCUUUCUCCGAAAUAGAACUAGAAGUGGAAGAAGAUGGUUCACUCAUCGAGUGGGAGUUCGAAACAAAAACCAGAGAUAUCGGAUUCGGUCUGUUUUACAAAGAAAUUGUGGACGGAGAAGAAAAGAUUACAGAGCUUGUACCUUUGCUGCGAAUAGAUACCGAAGAUUAUGCCGAAACAGGAGUGUACAAAUGUGAAAAGGCUGGAACUUAUGUCAUAUUAUUUGACAACUCGUACAGCUGGCUAAGAUCGAAAGAAGUAUUCUACAGGAUAAAAACAAUAAACCCCAGGGAACAUGAAAAACAAGUGCAAGGAUAACUUAAUUUCUAAAAGAAUUAUUAAGACAUUACAUUUAUCAAGUCGUACAUUUUUAAUUUGCUAUUUAUAUUUAUGCUUUUUUUAAUAAGAAUACUUAUUAAAGUUGGAAAUAAAAACUAAUGAAAUAUACAAAAAUGAAA